UUCCAUUUAUACACACUUUCCGCGCCAAAUCUUUUCCUUUUAUAAAUAAAUAAAAAAAUAAUAAAACUGAAUCAAUUUCUCUGUUUUUAAUUCUUUUUGUUAAUCGCAUUGACAAUGGCGACGGAGGUCGCGGUUCCAUUCGGAGAAUUAAACCCUAAAAUUUGCAGUGUAAUCGGAGGAAGAAGCUGCUUUGUAGGAAGAUCUCUCGUUUUCAAUCUUCUCAGACUCGGUAAUUGGAUCGUCCGUGUCGUUGAUUCGUCUCACUCUUUUGAACAACAACUCGACCUCACUCACUCAGCUGACGCUAUUUCUUCUGGCCGUGCUUCUUUUCACCCUGUCGACCUUCUCGAUGUCUCCGCUAUCGCUAAAGCUAUUGAAGGUUCAUCUGUCGUAUUUUAUAUGGAAGCUACCAGUUUUUUGAAUGAUGAUUUCUAUUAUUGCUACAAAACUGUAGUGCAAGGUGCUAAAAACGUCAUCGAUGCUUGUCAACAGUGUAAAGUUCGAAAGCUGAUCUAUAACAGUUCCGCUGAUGUAAUUUUUGAUGGUUCACAUGAUAUAUGCAAUGGAGAUGAGUCCUUACCCUGCCAUUGGAAAUUUGAGGAUAUGCUGAGUGAUCUUAAGGCUCAUGCAGAAGCAUUAGUUUUGUUUGCUAACAACAUUGGUGGCCUUUUGACAUGUGCACUUCGUCCUAGCAAUGUCUUUGGACCUGGAGAUACACAACUUGUGCCAUUCUUGAUAAAUUUAUCAAAAUCUGGCUUUGGAAAGUUUAUUAUAGGAAGUGGUGAAAAUAUGUCGGACUUUACCUAUGUUGAGAAUGUUGCUCAUGCUCACAUCUGUGCAGCAGAAGCUUUAGAUUCUCGGAUGAUCUGUGUCGCAGGAAAGGCAUUUUUCAUUACCAAUCUCGAGCCCAUGAAAUUUUGGGAAUUUGUAUCAUUAAUACUAGAAGGCUUGGGGUACCAAAGACCUUUGAUAAAACUUCCGGCUCAUAUGGUGUGGUGUGUUCUAGUGUUUGCCAAAUGGAUGCACGAAAAGUUGGACUUCAGAAAAUAUAACCAUUCCCUGUCGGCUUAUUUCUUUCGUUUAGCUUCACAUACGAGGACUUUUAACUGCAGUGCAGCUCAAAAGUACAUUGGGUACUCACCGGUUGUCUCUCUGGAUGAUGGCAUUGCAUUGACCACUGAAUCUUUUGCAAAGUUGGUCAAAGACCCGUCUUUCAUGAGAUGUACUAAUUCUGAAGAACAAUCAAAGGUCGAAAAGCUAUUGGGGGGCGGGAAAGUUGCAGACAUUUUACUGUGGAGAGAUGAGAAGAAAACAUUUACGUAUUUCCUCGCUUUUGCUGUAUUGUUUCAUUGGUUUUUACUUUCUGGAAGAACUUUUACCUCAUCUGCUGCUAGGCUUCUGCUGUUAACCACCGCAAUUUUAUAUGGAUAUGGCUUUCUACCAGAAAAGAUAGCCGAUUUUACCAUUCAGAGGAUGUCUUUGUCUUGGUUUGAAGUUUCAGAGUCGGCGGUGAGAGAUUCAGUGACAUCCAUAGCAUCUAUGUGGAACAGAGGUGUUCAUAGCUUGCAAAUAUUGCUUCAAGAAAGGGAUGCAAACAAACUCUUGAAGGUUGCAUUUUCCCUCUAUAUUCUCAAGUUGAUUCUGUUGCACUCAUUGACUGCGGUGGUGGGUGUAGCUCUGGUAUUUGGCUUCACGGGCUUCUUUGUUUACGAGCAAUAUGAAGUAGAACUUGACGGAUUGGUAAAGAUUCUGCACAGAGGAAUAGACAAGUUGAAGAGAUUGUUGAUGCGGAACCUUCCUGCUUCAGUGGCAUCAUUUCUACAAAACAAUGGGAUGCUGCUGCGUAAAGAUGAUUGACCCGAGAUGAAAGUGUUAAUUUUUGUUUUUUGAUUUAUACGAUCAAUUAGCCUCACAAAGAACUGUAGAGAGAUGUCCCCCUAGCAAAAGAAAAAAAUGGGGAUAUGUUAGUAUAGCACAAGAUUCCGCCUUUUUCCUUACGCUUUUACAUCCUCAGUAACUCUGAUCGCUGAUACCUGAAAUGAUAGGUUUAGCUCGUAGAGUGCAUCUCUUUUGUAACAUGAAUGCGAGUGUGGAAGUAAAUCGGGGAAAAUAUUGAAAUAUAGUCAGAAAGAGACCGGAUGAUGAUAAAUCUGAUUGUUUGAAAUAUUAUUUUACGA